ACAACAUUGAAAAUAAAUCUGGAUCUUGGUGAAAGCUCAGUGCCCUUGACGGUGAAAAGAAUUUUGACAUUUUGGGAAAGGACUGUCAGAUGUCAGUAACCAGGGACGCUGCUGCCACCAAACAGAAGAUGGAGAAACCCUUGCAGCUGGUUUAUAACAAGGAUGGGAAGCUGCAACUUAACCCAGAGGCUCUGAAGGUCCUCCAGUCCAUUGAGGUUUCAAUGGUGGUUGUGGCUAUGGUUGGUGCUGCUCGUACAGGGAAGUCCUACCUCAUGAACUGUCUCGCAGGAGACAAGAAGGGAUUCUCAAUGGAUUCAACUGUCCAGUCUCACACCAAAGGAAUCUGGAUGUGGUGUCGGUCCCUCCCUCAGAGACCCAAUGAGGUCCUCCUGUUGUUGGACACUGAGGGUCUGGGAGAUCCUGAGAAGGGAGACAUCAACAAUGAUAAUUCCAUCUAUUUACUGGCUAUCCUUCUGAGCAGCGUCUUCAUUUACAAUGGUAAAAAUCAAAUAGAUCAGCAAUCCCUGCAAGGUCUACAUUUUGUGACUGAACUGUCCAAGUGGAUCCAGAUUAAGUCCCAGCCCGAUGACUGUAACAGUUGGGACUAUGUCCGUUUCUUCCCUGAAUUUAUCUGGGUGAUCCGUGAUUUGACACUGGAAAUGAAGGUCGAUGGAAAACCUGUGACUCCGAAUGAGUACCUGGAGCAGAGUCUGAAACUGAAGGACAGUGAGAGCAGUGAGCAGGACAAGAAAUAUAAUGAAGUCCGCAUGUGUAUCCGCAAUCAUUUUCCCUCACAUCUUUGCUUUGCAUUUCCCAUUCCCACACUCCCCAAGAAACUCAAGCAGCUCCAGGAACUGGAGGACAAGGAUCUGGAUGAGGAUUUUGUUACGGAGCGGCAGAAACUCGUCAAUUACAUUCACAUCAACAAGAAAGUCAAGAGGGUUCUUGGAGGUCAGCUGGUCACAGGCAGGAGAUUUGUUGAAUUGACCAAGGCGUACGUGGGCAUGAUGGCAGAUGGGGUCCUACCAUGUGUGGAGAGCUGUCUCGCCAAAUUAGAGGUGGUGGAAAACCAAGCAGCAGUAGAUGAAGCCCUGAAAUUCUAUGAAGAUGAAAUGAAAAAAUUCUCAGAAUCUGGACGUCUUACUAUGAUGAAACUCAUAGAGAAUUACCAUACGAGCAGCAGAGAGGCAUUCAAUAUCUUCCACAAAAGAUCUAUGAACAACAACAGUGGCAAAUACAUCCAACAACUGGAGGAGAAGAUAAAUUCUACUUACAAGUCUCUCAUGGCCAAGAUCAAAGAAAACUCACAAGAGCAAUGCAAGGUACAUCUAGCAAAAGUAAUGUCAUCAAUUAAAGAAAACCUGGCAUCUAGACAUUACCAGAGACCUGGUGGCUUCCAAAAGCUGAAGGCAGAACUUGAUAAGGCCAUUAAGGAGUAUGAAGAAAAGACCAAGGAUGAAAUGGAGGGGUGUGCUAUCCUGACCCACUUCCUGGAAGAAGUAAAACCUCAUCUAGACCAAGUACAGAAGAUGGACAGCAAGCUGGGACAGGAAGAAAAGCAUGUCUCUGCUUUGGAAGAGGAGCUUUCAAGGGUGAAAUGUGAGAAGGAGAAGAUGAAGCAGAAGAGGAAGGCUGCUGAGGAACAAAGGGAUAAGGAGAUUGUGGAGCAGAUCAAGAUAAGUUUUGAGGAGGGUAAAGAGUGCAGUGCGGAGGAACUGAACGAAGCCAAAGAACAUACGAGGAGUGAGAUAAAGAAAUACCAAGUCGAGGGCAGGAAGGAGGAUGUGAAAAGGGCUCAGCAGAAGUACAACUACCUGGAAAAGACACACGAAGAGGAAUGGAACUGUCGUUUCAUAAACAUACUAAAGUAUAUCCCUGUGAUUUUUGCUGUGCUGCUAACUGCGUGGUAUGCUGUGGCAAAACACAAAUGAUUUAAAGCAGGAAAGUAGUCAAAAAAUGCAUACAUUUAGAAAUAUGCCCACAGCACCAAUGCUGUGACAUCCCUAGCAGCUUCCAACCCCCACCUUCCUGUCUGAUCAAUGGGCUGGAUCCCAAAUAUUGUCCACCACACACAUUCCACAUUCAAUCCCCAGCCGGAUAUCAAGGGCUCACACAUUGGAACAUUUAAAGGUCAGGAAUUUUCCCCUAGUUUAUCCACAGAUUCCAGUUGGUGAAUCUCAGAACCCCAGGGAUGUGACUGAGAUUAUAAUUUCCCCAUGACCCAGUGUAAUAUGUCCCACUCACUAAAUCCCCUCACACAGCACCCACUCUCCCCCAUGAUUGACUUUCCACAACAGCCCACAGACAUUCUCCCCCACUCUCUAAAUACCCUCCCAGACACACUCCCCCAUCACUGACUCCCUCCCCCUUCAAAUCCUCUCCCACAACCAAUGGACAGUCUUCCCCAUCACCCACUGUCCCCACCAACCGAACCCCCCACAACUGCCCAUAGGCACUCUCCCCUUUCACUCUUGCGCCAUCCACCGAACAGUUUCCCACAGCUCACGGACUCUCUCUCAAAUUAGCAACUCCCUCAGAAUCCCCACAGAAUCCCCUUGCACAUUCUACGUACGGUCUCUCUCAUCACCAACCCCCUCCAACCAACUCAGUGAAUCCCCUCCCACAGCUGACGGACACACUCUCCAAUAACCAGCUCUCUGCACCCACUGAAGCCACCCCACAAUCUCACAGACUGUCUUCCUCAUCACCAACUCUCCCACCUACUGAAUCCGCUCACACAGCCCAUAAACUUUUCCCAAUUACCAGCUCUCCUCACCCAUUGAAUCCUCUCCUGCCACCCACAGACACUCCCCCCAUCACCAGCAUUUCCCCACCCACUGAAUCCCCUCCUGCAGCCCACAGACACUCCUACCAAUUUCUAAUUGUCCCCACCCACUAAAUUCCCUCCCACAGUCCAUGGACAUUCUCCCCCAUCACUUACCCCCUCCAACCCACUGAAUCCUCUAUUUUGUAUUCGAUAGUGAUUGAGAAACACGCCACACAAUCACUUUUCUUGAUUAAUCAUGAUUAAUUCAAACAUGUCAAAGCUUUAGCAUGUAGUUUCAAAGAAUUCUUGUUACUCUUUAGUCUCACAACCUCUACUUGUGUUCAUUCAUUACCUGCUCCAGUUGAACAUGUCUAGAUUUCAGCGCACUGAGUUCUUGACCAAUUUAGGAUUGCAGACAUUUCUUCAGUAGCUGUUGGACUUCGGCACAUUAGAGUUGUUAAAUUAUAGUUAGGCAUGCAACAUCCCUCUCGAGCAAUUACUCCCAGAAAUUGAUAACCAUUCAGACUUAUUAGCUCGUUAAUUGUCAGCUUGUUUUGUUAUCCAUUCUUUCCCUUCACCUGGCCAGUAGUAUGCUGCUAAAGCCUUGGUUAUACCCUGGAAGCAUUCCCGUUCCUUUUUAUUGAAGGGUAUUGGUCAUAAUGGCACAUCCCACCUGCAUGUGCAGGAAUCUCCAUACACACCCAGCAACUUGACAUAUUGGUUCAGGUAGCAUACUCAUAAACUGCCUAAAUUAGUAGUAUAAGCACAGGCAAAGUUAGACUUAAAGUAAUAAACAUGUAUCUUCUAAGAAUGAAGUUGCAUAUUCAAGUAACUAAUUCCUAAGCACUCCAGCAUUAAGUGUGUUAAAUAAAACUGUUUUAAACGAAGUACAAUACCUGUUAGUGAUUUUGAGGACAUUGGAAAUGUCUGCUUUCUUUCCUCAUUAGAUUCAGUUCACAUUUUGUUAUACAACUGGAUGUACGGUACCUUCACAGGCUUCAGUACCACUAUCAUAUAAA